UUGACCUCUUUGCAAAUAAAUGCUUUAGGCAACCAACCUCACCAUCUCACUCUGGCUGCCUGGGAAGAUCAGCAUGCUUGCCUGCCAGAUUCUUGCCUUUGCAAUAUGCAUUUUAAAAAUAAGUGCCCUGACAGCAGGACCUACCCCAAGUGAUCCAGAGCCAAUACAACAGGAUGAUACUCCAUUGCCCACAGACUGCAGGAUGAGCCCGUGGAGUGAAUGGUCGCAAUGUGAUCCUUGCCUCAAGGAAAUGUAUCGCUCAAGGAGAAUUGAGGCCUUUGGCCAAUUUAAUGGGAGAAAGUGUACUGAGUCUCUGGGAGACAGAAGACAGUGUGUACCCACUGAGGUCUGUGAAGAAGCUGAAGAUGACUGUGGAAAUGACUUUCAAUGCAAUUCAGGUAGAUGCAUAAAAAAGCAACUUCUGUGCAAUGGUGACAAUGACUGUGGAGACUUUUCCGAUGAAGAUAACUGUGAAAAUGAUCCCCUCCGCCCCUGCCGUGACAAAGUGAUAGAAGAGUCAGAGCUGGCCCGAACAGCAGGCUAUGGGAUCAACAUUUUAGGGAUGGAUACCCUAAGCACACCUUUUGACAAUGAGUUCUACAACGGGCUCUGUGAUCGGGUUCGGGACGGAACCACCUUAACAUACUACCGCAGACCCUGGAACGUGGCUACUUUGGCUUAUGAUGUAAAAGCUGAUAAAAACUUCAGAACUGAGUAUUAUGAAGAACACUAUGAAGCACUCAGAACUAUCUUCCAAGAGAAGUUAACCAAUUUAAAUGCUGGUUUUACACUAAAAAUCACUCCUACUGAAGUGAAGGAAGAGGGUAAAAACGAAGAGAAGUCUGAGAACCUAAAUUUUGAGGGUAGCUUUCGAUUUUCAUAUUCCAAAAAUGAAACUUUCCGACAAUUCUUGUCAUAUUCUUCACAGAAGAAAAAAAUGUUUCUGCAUGUGAAAGGACAAAUUCAUCUGGGAAGAUUUGUGAUGAGAAGUCGUAAUACCAUGCUGACAACAACCUUCACGGAUGCUAUAAAGGCUCUGCCAACCAGAUAUGAAAAGGGGGAAUAUUUUGCAUUUUUGGAAACCUAUGGAACCCACUACAGUAGCUCUGGGUCUCUAGGAGGAGAUUAUGAAUUAAUAUAUGUUUUGGACAAAGCUGCCAUGAAUGAGAAAAAGGUUGAACUAAAAGAUAUACAGAGAUGCCUCGGAUUUGAUCUGGAUUUAUCUCUGCAAGCCGUAGUUAAAAUCGAAGGAGGUGUUCAUAAAAAUGAUUGUUUAAAGAGGGGUGAAGGCAAAGUUGUGAACAUAACCCGUGACGGCCUCAUAGAUGAUGUGAUUACGCUCAUAAGAGGAGGAUCCAGAAAAUAUGCAAUCCAACUAAAAGAAAAGCUUCUCAAAGGAGCCCGUGUAGUUGAUGUGACUGACUUUGAAAAUUGGGCCACUUCUUUACAUGAUGCUCCGGUUCUCAUAAGUCAAAAACUGUCUCCUAUACAUAAUUUGAUUCCAGUGAAAAUGAAAGAUGCUCACCUAAAGAAGGAAAAUUUGGAAAGAGCCAUUGAAGACUAUGUUAACGAAUACAGUGCAAACAAAUGUUACUCAUGCCGAAACGGAGGGACUGUGGUACAGCUGGAUGGGCAAUGUUUGUGUACCUGUCCAAUCAAAUUUGAGGGACUUGCCUGUGAAAUUAGUAAACCAAAAAUUUAUUAAGAUUGCUCCAGUGUUGGUUUCUGGAUAUAAUUCUCUUGUCUGGAUUGCCAACCAAAAGAAAUAAUCUGUUGCCUUCCCUGAGCUCCGUAUGGAAGAAAAAACACCAGCACCUUUCAAUUUAAGAUCCUGACCCUUGGGACAGUCCUUGUGGCCAUCUAAAAAGCAACUGACUUCAUGAAAUUACUACCAAUCCCUGUAGUCUCCCCUCUCUUAGGUCCACAGUGCUUUUUUACCUCCUUAAACUCCUAUGUUUUCAUUUUGUGUUCCCUGGGGAGUAGAGUCAGUUAUGAAAUAUACCAAGACUGCUUUCUCCCAAAAGCAAUGCCAAUCUCUUGCUAACAAAACAAAAUUAAAUUUAAAAAAGAAGGCUGGUUAAAAAGACUAAAGUUAUUGCCAAACAACUCUGUAUGAUUAAUAUGUUCCUCCAGUUCCAUUAGCACGAAUCUCUACCAUGUAAUUUAGCACUGUUUACAUAGUUGUGUCUACUUUGGUCAUUUGUUUAUAUCCGCAUGUACUCAUUUGGCAGUACUUACUGAGCACCUGCCACAUGCACAAAACUCUGCUCCAGUUUCAGUUGUUCAUCUUAGAGCUCCAGUUCACCUCUACAUGUCCAAGGGAAAUAAGGAAAAGGUCUGUGUGUUGUAUCUAUAAUCAAGACUAUUGAGUUAAAUCAUGUGAAUUUGCCUCUAUUUGAUCACAUUGUAUCUAAAGAACCCCAACAAUUUCAAAUGGUUCAACCUAAUACCUAGCCUUAUGAGUUAUAUAAGGUAAGACCACCUAUCUAAGAAGAUGAUUAAGGGAUCCAGCUGCACAAUGUUUUCCAUAAGAUGUUACAGGAUGGUAACUGGGACCUGUGAGCUUUUGAGAAGUUCUGAGAACUCUUUAAACAGAAGGUUCAAGAUACAAAAUAAAAAUUAAUAAAUAUUUAAUUAAAUGUCAACAAUAUCUAUCAUGUCAACUUCAAUAAUUGCUAAAUAUUAUUAUUAUUAACCAUUUCAUGUAAUUUAUAAACACAUUUUAAGUUAGUGCUCACUCUGCAGGAAUUCUCAAGAAAGCACACGAUUGCUGAGAGAUCACAGGUGGUCUUAAAUACAUUACUGACAGGCAAAUGAUUACAGAAGCAAAAUUUAAAAAAAUAAUUUUGAAUUUUUUUUAACCGCAAGACAAAUGAUUAAUGGAUAUGGAUGCCUUUUCAUGUGUUAGUUAUGAUGUGGAAAGGGUGCUCUAAAAAUAAGAGUGCUUCAGGUCCUUCAGAGUCUUAAAAUAGCCCUGGGAGCUUGAAAGUCCUGUUUCCUGCCCUCAGGAGCACAGGGUGAAUCAGAAAGAAUAAAGACUUGUUAAGUGUG